UCGCAAGGAGUAUACGUACCUACCAACACUCCACUAGACAAGAUUUUUCUGUGCUAAAGUGAAGUGUUUCUGACGAACAUGAAAAAGGUAGUCCUUUGCUUUGUUGGUACUUUAUUGUGUGUGAAUGUAGUAUGGGCAUUCUCGCCCUUAGUGAACAUUCGUAAUGGUACCUUGGAGGGCAUCGUCAUGAAAACACGAAAAGGAAGGGAGUUCUUUGGAUUUCGAGGAAUACCCUAUGCUGUGCCACCGUUGGGUGAACUGCGUUUUGAGCCCCCAGAACCUGCCGUGCCAUGGGCAGGAGUACGGCCAGCCAAGGAGGACGCAAACGUGUGCACUCAGCGCAAUAUCUACACGCACGAGGAGGAAAUUGUCGGCGUCGAGGACUGCCUGUACCUGAACGUUUACACGCCCAACAUUCCGAGCAGCGAUGAAAAAAAAAUCAACAACCACCCGGUCAUGAUUUGGUUCCACGGAGGGGGAUGGGUGACAGGCGCCGGCCACUCCGAGUACUACGGACCUAAAUUCUUGCUCGAUCAUGACGUCAUUCUAGUCACUGUUAAUUACAGGCUGGGACCGCUCGGUUUCCUGAGUACGGAGGAUCUCGCGUCUCCGGGCAACCAAGGCAUGAAGGACCAAGCCCAGGCGAUUCGCUGGGUGCACGAAAACAUCGCCAGCUUCAACGGGGACCCAAACCGCGUGACGCUCUUCGGCGAGAGCGCCGGUGGUGUUGCCGUUCAUUACCACAUGAUUAGCCCGCUGUCAAGAGGUCUCUUCCAGCGUGGAAUAUCUCAAAGCGGCACGGCUCUGUGUCCUUGGGCAUUGACACGUCCAGGUUUGGCCAAAAAGAAGGCCCAACGUCUAGCUGAGCUAUUGAACUGUCCAAAAGAUGAUACGAAAAAACUUGUAGCCUGUCUUCGUACGAAAGACCCGAUUGAGAUUAUCGGUACUGAUCGAGCUUUCCAGGUCUUUGAUUACUGUCCUAUGAUACCAUUUAGACCCGUGAUAGAACCCGACCAUCCGGGGGCUUUUCUCAAGGAAGAUCCAGCAGUUUCCUUGAAAAACGCAAAUCUAAGCGAUUUAACCUGGAUGACUGGUGUCACUUCAGACGAAGGUGCCAUCAGAACAGCAGGGUUGUACGGAUUAUACAAUGGAGAGUUAGUGAAACGCCUUGACAAAGAGUUCGAAGAUCUGGCGCCUGUGACUUUGCUGUUUCAUGACACAUGUCCGCAAAAGAAUCGCCAAAAUUCCUCAAGAUUAAUUCGACAGUUCUACUUGGGUGACAAGCCUAUUGAUGAAUCCACUAGAGCCGCACUGACUGAUAUGUACACGGAUGCCUGGUUUUACAUUGCUGCUGACGAAGCUGUGCGUGAUCAUUUGAAAUUACUAUCCUCGCCUGUGUAUUACUACUACUUUGCGUACAGAGGAAGCUCGUCGUUUAGCAGCAUCUUUGGCGAUGCUUCGGGAGAUUAUGGCGUCUCUCACGCUGAUGAUUUACAAUACCUGUUUCCCGUUGGAGAACAACUUUUCAAGGACGUACCGCUGAGUGAAGAGGACCAUCGAGUGAUCGACAUUGUCACUGCUCUCUGGUACAAUUUCGCCAAAACUGGCAACCCUACGCCUGAAGUGACGAAGGAUACACCAGUUAAAUGGAAACCAGUUCGCACUUCCCAUCUGGAGUACUUGCACAUCGGCAACUCGGACGAAGUUUACAUGUCCGACAAUCUUUUCCCAGAGCGUGUGAAACUUUGGAGCGAUUUGAUGCCAUCGAUUCGUGAUAUCGACGGAGUCACUUAUAACUAUUCCCCUAUUAAAGACGAACUUUAACGUAAUGAAAAAAUAUUUUUCAACACUCAGUGUCAGCUGCUUCUAUCAAUUGUCAUGAUAUUUAUUGAUGAUUUUACGAUACAUGGAGAUCCGAUAUCACAUCUAUGUGAAUGUUGAAAGAAAAACUUCAUUUUAGUUUCAUAUGAUACUUUAUAAGAUACUAGACACUGCAUUUCACACUAGAUUACUUUUGAAACUUUGGUAAAAAAAUUUUAAUUCCAAUUUUUGUGAGUUUACAUCGUUAUUUUUGUAAGUCUACAUUAAAAAUAAUACUGAUUUUCAUAAUAUUUUAUUAAAAUAUAAUC